CUUCCCCUUUCCUUCUCACUCCGAGUUCCCACCCCUCUCCCUCCUUCCCUCCCCCUCGGCCACUUAUUGAUCCCGCAGAGGAUAUCGCGCGGGGCCACCCCAUCUUUGCUCUGCAAUCUAUACACUGCCGGGCUGUUUUUGCCUAAUUGGACCUCAUUCUACUCUAUGUGCAGCUUGAUUUUGGCCCCUUCGACCUCAUCUACAGCCUGCAGACAUCCUGUUCAAUAACAUCAGCAUUCUUCACUCCGUCGUCAUCACGAUUGACAAGGGCCACCCUCAACUAUCUUCUCACUAGCUACAACCGGACUGCUUUUGCUUGUCCUGUCCUCAGACCCGUGAUCUCCAUGUUUGCCAACGGACGGGUCUUGCACCAGCCGUUCACCAUGCCCUCUCCGCCUCGCAACCACUAUGCCGCUCAUUCCGCAGGAUCUUCUGAGAUAGGACGCUCCAGACAGAACUCAGAUGCCAUGGACAUCUAUGUCAUUACGGACCGAGAGCCCCCUGGAAACGAGCCAGCCGGCAGUGAGCCUUGGGACCGCAAUGAGUCUCCAGGCUCCAGUAGUCCGUCUAGCAAGACGAUUGAUAGAUUUGCCUUCCAUGAAGAAAACGGACGAAUAUAUCAUGGUUUCCGCAAAGGAAUGUAUAUGCUCCCUUGUGACGAACAGGAGCAAGACCGACUUGACAUAUUCCAUAAGCUGUUCACGGAAGCGAGGGUGUCUGGGAGCUUAAUUUACGCCCCGCACCCCACCAAUGGUCGAAUCCUUGACCUGGGGUGCGGAACUGGGAUUUGGUCCAUUGACGUGGCUCAGAAGUACCCCGACGCCUUUGUUGCGGGGGUGGAUCUGGCACCUAUACAGCCUCCUAAUCACCCCAGGAAUUGCGAGUUCUAUGCGCCAUUUGAUUUUGAGAGCCCAUGGUCGUUGGGAGAGGAUUCCUGGGAUCUCAUUCACCUGCAAAUGGGUGCCGGCAGCGUCGUCGGUUGGCCGAACCUCUACAGACGGAUCUUCGCACACCUUCGGCCCGGAGGCUGGUUUGAACAGGUGGAGAUUGAUUUCGAACCGCGCUGCGACGAUCGCCCCUUGAGCGGCAUGGCUAUACGUUAUUGGUAUGAAUACCUGAAGCAGGCGACGCAGGACUGCAUGCGGCCCAUAGCCCACAACGCGCGCGACACCGUCAGAGACCUUCAGGAAGCCGGCUUUACCGAGAUCGAUCAUCAAAUGGUGGGGUUGCCGCUCAAUCCCUGGCAUAAGGACGAUCAUGAGGCGAAGGUUGCCCGUUGGUAUAACCUAGCAAUCUCCGAGAGCAUUGAGUCGCUCAGCCUGGCCCCUUUCAGUCGCGUGUAUGACUGGCCUCUGGACAGAAUCCGAGAUCUCGCAGCACAAGUUAAAUCGGAAGCUUUCAACAAGGAAAUACACGCCUACAAUAUCCUACAUAUCUACCAAGCUAAAAGGCCGGAUGACCAUUGACAGUGUCGAGAGGACCAACGCGGGACCCGGUGCAAUCUAUGUCUCACGUCAGGUGCUUGUGUGCAGCAUUGUUUGCGGGCGAAAUCAUGGACCCUCCCCGCAUUCCCCUUACGCCUCCCACGAGAGGUAGUAAGGUUCAACCAUUUAUAUAUGCAACACCGCCCUUUGAGACGUAUGAGCGAGGGCCCACCAGAGCGACCACCCACUGGGAAUCCGGCGAACAAGAAAAAAAGGAUGAAAGGGGAUCACGAACGCAGGUUUCCUGUCAUGGUGCCUCACAGGAGAUAAGAGAGCCAGCCAGUCGGCACCUACAGAUCUCGACAAGGUGGGGGACUUAGUGAACACAGACAAUUUGCUGCGCCUGGACACAUCGUUCGAUCGGCGACAAUGCCAGGGGCCUUUGAGAAAGGCAAGAUGCUAGUGCUUGCAGGACCCAACUGAACAACUAACACCUUGACCUUGAACAAUUGGCUUGCC